CUUGUGGUUUCAUUAAAGGCUAGCCUGUCAAUUAGGCAACUGUUAGGUAACCCAUGAUUCUGCCUUGAUUCUCAGAAAGACAAUUGAGCAAGUGGAAGAGCUACAUUAGUCACUGUACAAUUGUCAGCCUCUGAGGAUGGCUGGCUCUCUGUGGAAGCUGUGCCACUUCCCCACAAAGGCGGCUUUGCCGUCUGUGAAGGAGCGCGGCAAGUGGGAGAGCAAAAAGGAGUUUAUUCUGUCUGUGACUGGUGCCACUGUGGGACUUGGAAAUGUGUGGAGAUUUCCAUACCUUUGCUACAAGAAUGGUGGAGGGGCAUUCUUCAUUCCUUAUGGACUUUUUCUUGUUACCUGUGGAAUUCCCAUGUUCAUACUGGAAACAUCACUGGGUCAGUACACCAGUCAGGGGGGAAUCAUGUGCUGGAGAAAGGUCUGCCCCUUGUUUGAAGGAUUGGGAUAUGCCAGCCAGAUGAUUAUUUUUUAUGCUAGUGUCAGCUAUAUCGUAGUUCUGGCCUGGGCUUUCCUCUACUUCUUCGCUUCGUUCUCCACAGAGUUGCCCUGGACAAGCUGCAACAACGUGUGGAACACCGAUAACUGUGUGGUACUAAACCACUAUAAUGGCUCUGCCAACUGGACCUCUUCAAUGAAUGCAUCUUUGUCAUCCUCUGUUCUGGAGUUUUGGCAGCGGCGGGUUUUAAAUAUUUCCACUGGCAUAGAGACGUUGGGAAACAUACGAUGGGACCUUUCUUUGUGCCUUCUCCUGUCCUGGAUUAUCUGCUAUUUCUGUGUUUGGAAGGGAGUGAGAUCCACUGGAAAGGCGACCUACUUCACAGCUACAUUCCCCCUCUUCUUGUUAGUAUUGCUGUUAGUCAGAGGAGUGACUCUUCCCGGAGCCUUACAUGGUAUAAAGUACUAUAUGUACCCCAAUCCUGCACGGCUCGCUGAUCCACAGGUCUGGAUGGAUGCUGGAACACAAAUAUUUUAUUCAUUUGCUCUCUGCUUGGGAUUUUUGACUACUCUCGGGAGCUACAACAAGUAUAACAAUGACUGUUACAGGGAUUCCUUCUAUCUUUGCUUGGUAAACAGUGGAAGCAGUUUUUUAUCUGGAUUUGCUGUUUUCUCAAUUCUGGGGUACAUGUCACAAAAGCAGGGUGUCGACAUUUCCACUGUUGCUGAAUCAGGUCCUGGACUCGUCUUUAUAGUCUACCCACAAGCUGUAACUCUCCUUCCUUGGCCUCAGUUCUGGUCCAUCUGCUUUUUCUCCAUAAUUAUCUUUUUGGGAGUCGACAGUCAGUUUAUUGGAUUGGAAAGCAUCAUUACCUCAUUAUCAGAUGUCUGUCCUUCCAGGAUCAGGAAGGGAUACCGCAGAGAGCUUUUGCUGUUGCUGAUCUGUUCCUGUAGUUUCAUGUUUGGCCUCUUUUUCGUGUCAGAGGCAGGAAUUUACAUUCUGCAGAUCUUUGAUCACUAUGUGUGCAGCGGACCCACACUUCUUAUGAUGGCAAUCUUCCAGUCAGUGAUUAUUGGAUGGAUUUAUGGAGCUGGACGGUUCUCUGACAACAUCAAAGACAUGAUUGGGUACAAACCUCUGGCACUUAUCAAGUACUGCUGGCUGUAUGCCAUCCCUCUUUUGUGCUUUGGAUCCUUUGUAUUUUUGCUCCUGAGAUACACCCCAAUGAAGUUCAACAAUUCAUAUGUGUAUCCAUGGUGGGCUUAUUGCAUUGGCUGGUUUUUGUCCUUGUCUUCGCUGUCUAUGAUCCCACUCAACAUGGUGUGGAAACUGGCCAGCGGAAAAGGAACUAUCUGGGAGCGCAUCAAGAUGAGCACCCAGCCUGCGGAUGAUCUUCCGGGGAUGUCAAGGGAAAUGGGAAACGAGGAGGCUUCCCUCACUGAAUGUGCCUGAGGGAAGGAAAACAAAAUACAACUGAUAUUCAGCUAAAUAAAUCUCUUAGAUCUACUGAAUCAACCCCUGUUGAAAUGUUCAGUCUUCAUGACAUAAAAAUUAGACCAUGAAAAAUAAUUUACAAACUUUUUCCACUCUUAGCGUGACACGUAUCCUGUACAGGAAAACAAAUAAAUCUGCUACAGGUAAAAGAAAAGAAAAACAUUCAAAACCUGGGUUGUCUAAUGUGCAAACCUUUAAACUUUAAAGACCUUUUGAUUCACUUCUCUAAGGUGCUCACAUUCAGUCUCUUGAGUUCACACAUACUGUCAAAUUUAAUCAACCAUAUAAUGAACCUCAUUAGCUUGAAAUAAAGCUUAGCUGUUUUUUGUAUUUUCCUCACAUUUGCUCAUUUAACUAAAUCCAUUGUUUGAAGAGAGGCUAUAAACAAUAUGAAGGAUCUUACUGUAUGACUGUGUAGAAGCAGGACACAAAAAAUCAUUUAAAACUUGUAGGUACCUCUCUGUUAAUAAAUGUAAAACCCACAAUGGUCAAUGAAAUAACCUGAAUCUGAUAAAAGUAAUAAAAACUAAAAACUGCUGAAUGUAAAUCAGACAUUGGUUUGAAGUGAGUAAAUUUCCAAAACUUCUCAUUUUCUCAGAGAUGAAAGUAAGACCUUGAUUAUUUUAAAUUAACACAGACUCCAAAUUGAGAGCGUAUGUGUUUUCUGUCUGCGCAGGUUAAAGCUUAUUGUACUACAGACACACUUUUAAGGCAGAUAUGAGGUUCACACUACAUUUGAGAUUACAAAUAAGAGUAAGGUAAUCUAAAAAUAACAGAUUAUAUUAUAAAGGUGUGGUUAUAAAUAAACAUAUUGACUAUUGUUGUAAAACAUGGUAAAUAAUGAGUCCAUUUUGUUACAUCCUUAUCCCACCGGGGUCAGUAGGGGUGCUGGAGCCCAUCUCCAGCGGUCAAACGGGCGAGAGGCACAGACACAUUGGACAGGUUGCCAGUCCAUCGACGAUGAAUCCUAUGUUUUACCACAAAUUGCAGCAUUUCAAUAUUUCACACUAAACCUGGUUAGAGGGUGAGGACGCAACACGUUUAUCAGGGUCUGCUCAAACCUAAGAAAAUAUGUACAGAUAUAGCGACCAAAGCCAGUUGACACAAAGCUCGCUUUGUGUUGGCAAUUUUUUUUCAUUCAAAAUACCUCUGCAGAAAAUAUCAGAGGAAGUGGCUUCCUGCCAAAGCUGCAGGCUGGAGGAGCAGAGAUUGUAUCUCAAGGCAGAGAAAAAGACAAGAAUGGGGCUCUGUUUCUGCUGCCAAAAGCUUAGGACCCCCCGUUGCUCCUCUGCUCAAAGUCCGAUUAAGUGUGCAAAAAGCAUUUUAUGCAGUUUAAUUUAACCCUCUCCAGGCAGGUGUUGCAGAUUUGCAACAACUUAUCCAGUCUUUGCCAGUAAUUUGAGCCUGAGAGGGUUAAAACCAAAUAUGUUAUCCGGGUGCAGCCGAGUGUCCUCCUAACCUAAGGGCUCAUUAAAUUACUUUGGAAGUCAA